AUGACCGUUGCGAAAAUCAUCCAUCUCGCGAUCUUCUCCCUCAUCAUCAUCGGAUGUAUCGCUGAGAUCGUUACUAGUGGCAUCCUCGUCGGCGACUUCAACAAGCUACAGAAUCCAGAUCUUUACUCGUCGCUGGUGACAAGGACCAAAUAUCUUCUGUUUUGUGGACUAUGGACUGUCCUGUUCUCAGCAAUCUACGUGGCUGGCUUAUCCGUCGCACCUGGUCACCUUCUCUUCAGCGUUGCUUCUCACAUUGUUUGGCUUGGAGUGACCAUCAUCCUCUUCGUGUCCGGAGCAGCUGCGCUCCAGACUGAGAUCAAUGGACAAACGCUACCCCACCAGCAACGUCUAGAAAUCCUCCAAGGAUUUGCUUGGGCGGAUUCAAUCCUGCUAGGCCUAGCGAUGCUGAUGGUCUUAGCGAUCGGGAUUGGUCGAAGGAACGGUCUGACAGGCAACUUGCUCGGUGAACCAUGA